GAGGCGGGGCGCGACGGGUGCGGGCUCGGCGCGGGGCCGGCGGAGUGGGCACUUCUGUGAGCGCGUCGGUGGGCCGCUGGUCGAACUUGGGCGCCACUGGAGCAUGGGUCUCGGGGAGUGUGGGCGGAUAGUCCGGGCAAUGGCCACAGAUGGCCUGGGCCUCUGGAAUGGCACCAGCAAUGGCACCUGGGACGGGGAUGACCUGGGCUACAAGUGCCGCUUCAACGAGGACUUCAAGUACGUGCUCCUGCCCGUGUGUUAUGGCACCGUGUGCGUGCUCGGGCUGUGUCUGAAUGCCGCAGCGCUCUUCAUCUUCCUGUGCCGCCUCAAGACCUGGAAUGCCUCCACCACCUACAUGUUCCACCUGGCCAUGUCUGAUGCACUGUAUGCGGCCUCCCUGCCGCUGCUGGUCUAUUACUAUGCCCAUGGCGACCACUGGCCCUUCAGCACAGUGCUCUGCAAGCUGGUGCGCUUCCUCUUCUACACCAACCUUUACUGCAGCAUCCUCUUCCUCACGUGCAUCAGCGUGCACCGAUGCCUGGGUGUUUUGUGCCCGCUGCGCUCUCUGCACUGGGGUCGGGCCUUCUAUGCCCGCCGGGUGGCAGCCGCCGUGUGGGUGGUGGUGCUGGCCUGCCAGGCCCCCGUGCUCUACUUCGUCACCACCAGCACACGUGGUGCCCGCAUUACCUGCCACGACACCUCGGCACCAGAGCUCUUCAGCCACUUCGUGGCCUACAGCUCCGUCAUGCUGGGCCUGCUCUUCACGGUGCCUUUUGCCGUCAUCCUGGUCUGUUAUGUGCUCAUGGCUCGGCGGCUGCUAAAGCCAGCCUACGGGACCUCUGGAGGCCUGCCGCGGGCCAAGCGCAAGUCAGUCCGCACCAUUGCUGUGGUGCUGGCUGUCUUCACCCUAUGCUUCCUGCCUUUCCACAUCACCCGCACCCUCUACUAUUCCUUCCGCUCAUUGGACCUCAGCUGCCACACCCUCAAUGCCAUCAACAUGGCUUACAAGGUCACCCGGCCGCUGGCCAGUGCCAACAGUUGCCUCGACCCCGUGCUCUACUUCCUGGCUGGGCAGAGGCUUGUGCGCUUUGCCCGGGAUGCCAAGCCACCCACGGACCCCACCCCUCCCACUCAGCCUCGCCGCAGGCUGGGCCUGCGCAGGUCUGACAGAACUGACACCAAGAGGACAGGAGGCCUGUCCACCAGCAGUGGGGACUCCAGGCAGAUAGAGGCCAUGCCGGCUGGUGGUGAGAACACUAAGGACAUUCAGUUGUAGGACCUGAACGCUCUGGCCUGUGCGAGUUUAUAUGGGGGUGCUGUAGGGACUAGGACUCGUUCCUAUGGGACAGUCUCCCCAGAUACAGACCAUCAGCAGCUCAUGCUGGAUGGUCAAGGGAGUCAAGGAGCCAGGACCCCGAUGCCUGUCAUCUGGGAGGGGCUCAGCAUGUUCCCACAGCCCCAGUCACCAUUUGUAUGUGUGAGUUGGGGAAUUAGUUUUCAAGAAAGGCAAGGGUUCAGAGCCCCUGGUGCCCUGGCCUGACUCCCACAUAAAUAGCUGGAUGUGCCUGCUAAGCUACCUGGGUUGGACUCCAGCCUAAUCAAGUCCAAUGGAGAAACAGGCCCAGAGAGGAAAGUGACUUACCAAGGUCACACAGCCAAGUCGGCCUGAGCUGCCUGGGAGGAGCGGGAACACGGGCUGACCAGAGGACCCUGAUAAGGAGACAGGACUGAGCCAGAGGUUCCCACAGUGGGUCUGGAGCAGUCCGGGUGCCAUGAUGGACUCAGCCCUGCAGAGUACCCCCAGCCCAAGAGAUGUCAUAAACCCUUCCCGAGGAUCCUCUAGGCUGGGAGCCAGUUUGAGGCUGUCACUUAUACUAAAGGCGUUACUGACUGCUGAGCUGUGCGUGUUGUGUGGUUGCAGGAUGGAGAUACAGCCUGGGAAGCUCUCACCAGCCACAGUAGGGUCCUUUCUUUCUCCAGCCUUGUUCUCUUCUGCCACCUGCCCUCCCAUGGAGGUCUCCCACAUCAGGGAACCCCUCUCCAGGCCAUCCCCCACUUUAAAGCUAACUGGCUUUUGUGCCUGGCUCUGCUGGUUGCAGAGAGGAGUCAGGUGGGGUCCAUCUUUGGGAUCCCCCAGUUUAGGACUUAAUGGUGAUGAUCAGCCAUGUGCUAGUAAAUGUUAAACUGUUUAACUGGCUCUCAAGUGGGGUGGGGGGUACCCCUUAUUUAUAGCAUUGUCAGUUGGUGCAGAUACUCCUACCAUGACUACCAAUGGGAUGUCAACCUCCUUGCACAAUUCCUGAAGAUUGAACAGUUGCUUGUGUAAGAUACAAGUUGCUCUGGAAAGCAUGUCAUGUACCUUGCAGCACAUGACUGGACAAUGCUGAGUGGUUGGGGCUGAGGACCAGGGGGUCAGCGAAGGCUUCCUGGAGUGGGAGGACUCCUGAGCUAUAGCUCCUGAGAGUAGCAGAUUGUCAGAGAAGAACAUCCAGGUGCAGGGGCACACUGGACAAAGACACAGGGGCAGGAGAGUAGGGCUCCCCAGGAAGGGGAAGCAGGCUAAGUAGGAAUGAGGCUAGGAGUGGGCCACAAGGAGGCCAAGUCAGGGUUCCCUCCUGCUUUGACCAUGAGGCUUCCUUUGCACUGAGGUGAAGUAUGGAAGAGACUCACUUCUCCUGUCCCAUCCUCUGCCUCCUGGGAAAAUCCCAGCUACAUGGCAUAAUGGUUGGGGCUCAGUUUGGGUCAGAGCUUAGUGUGGAGGAGGUAGGUCUCACCUGCGGCAGGUUCUGAGUCCAGCCAGGACCACUCUGGAGAUUUGUGGAGCUUAGCUGCACAGGCCCAGCUCUAGCCUUUGGGCAGGUUCUGUGGGCAAUGCUGACAGACCUCACUCUUAAUCUUAAAGAUAAAGACUCACUCCCUCUCCCUCUGGGAGAGCCCUUGCGCUAUGGACCCACUCUGCCUGAAAGAAGAUUCUUUCUGCACACCACUUCCGCCUGCCCCUGUGACUUCUCCACCAUUCCUACUCUACUUCGUCAAAACAGGGCUCCCUCAGGAGUUGGUCUAUUUAGAGUCUAGCUCUGCAGCGCCCUCUUGUGACAGGGACCUCAUCACAAGCCGUGAUUACUCUGCAUUGUGCAGUGUGGGUGCUCAGCCCAAAGUAGUGUGAAAUGCCCACCUCCCACAUUCUAGCUUCUAUAUUUCUGUUAAUAUAACCAGCAUCCCUAUGAGCUUUCCUCUGUGACUACCUCUUACAGACUGUCCUUGAGCCUUUCCUGCAGGCCCAAACCUUCCUCUUUCCUACCAGUUGCAGCUCAGGGGGAACCCCACCCUGGUUUAUAAGGAUACCCUACCCAAGUAAAAAUGCUGUGCAGGCCAGGAGUAUGCAUGCUGGUCUCUAGCUCCCUCAGCCCUGCUUAGACCAGAGGUAGGGGUUAUACAUUAUGACUAUCGGGACUCUUCAGUUUGCAUCUGUGGUUGGGGGUGGGGCUGUGGCCACCACGGGCCCAAGUUCCUCUAGUACUUUCAUGUCCUGCCCACCUACCUUUCUGUAAGCUGCCCUGGUGACACCAAGAACCUGGGCCCCACAACUCAAGGAGACAACACUAUGAUCUACCCUCAAGAAGCCUUCCUUGAACCAGCUGCCUGCAGAUCUCUAAGGAUAUAGGACCUAGCGUGUAGGAAGGGCUUCCCCACCAUCUAAUCUGUGGUGGGCACUGGUGGGGUUGGGAAUGAAGACAAUAAGGGAACCAGGGACAAGCCCAGGGUCCCUCCUCUGGACCUCCGUGGCCUCUUGGUGUGGACAUCUGGCCUCACUGCUCCAUGCCAGGCCGCCUGCCUGGUGGGUAAGGUCCCUGCUCCUGCUGCCUUGUGCUAUUUUCAGCCCAAGUAAGAGCAGGAUUUUCCACUCCAGCCCUAGACCAUUGUCCAGCAGUGACGUGGAGGGACCUGCCUGCUCUCAAAAUACUUUCUGGGCCUCCCUGUGCCCUCCCAACUCCCCACCUCCUCCCCCUGACAUCACUUCCUGGGGUUGUUGACUCAAAGGCCACUGUGAAAAGGCAGAGCCACCUUAUAGGGACCCCAGGGAUUAUCUAGCCCAGCUGUAGACUCAAGGUCACUCAGCAGGUCAGCAUGGUGCCUGGAUGUGUGCCAGGGGCUCUGGCUGCCUCUGCUGCUCUGCGCCCUUUGGUGCAGGUCAGCAUCUCUACAGGAAUUCUGCCCUCACCCCCACCACCCCAGCUCUUUUCUCCCCAGGGUGGACAGAACCCAGCCCUGUAGCCCUAGGGACACAGGGCAGGGGAGUGAGGGGGAGAGCAGGGUGGAGGCGCCCUGGCACAUGGGGACUCAGCCCUGCACAGGAGGGGGUAGUUCCCAGAGGACGUUCCUGCUCUCACCCUCUGAGGCUAGGAAAGGUCCUGAACAGCAUGCUCCUCAGACGCAGUUGCCCUGGUCUUGUUCACAUCAGGCCACCAAAGCCACGCCUCUCCACCACCCAGGUCACAGCAGAUUUGACCUGUUUGGACUCUGGCUCAUGAGGAAGGGAACUCACGUACUAACCCAUGUCCCAGAUCCUGCGCCCACCACUCUCACAUCUGCUGUGCCAUUUAAUUCUUUACACCUGUGGAAUAGGCGUUAUUGUCCCCAUUUGGCAGAUGAGGGGAUCGACUCUGAGAGGACUUGCUCCGGGUUAUACAGUAAGUGGGUGAGUCAGGAUUGAACCCAGGUCUAUCUGAUGGCCAGAUAAGUUCCCUUUCCACUACCCCAGGCCCCUGACAACCCCUGCGGAGCAGGAAGGUCUGUAAGUGACCCUUCAUGUAGUUCAACGUGGGCGAGGGGAUGGGGUUGAGAGCAGUUACGCCUAGAUCUCCUGGGUGAAUGUCUCCACUUCUUCCAGCUGUGGCACCUUGGGCCAAUUAACCUUGCAGCAACCUUGGCUUUCUCAUUCCUAAAAGGAGAUACUAUCUCCCAUGUAGGGCACUGACAGGCUUGCCGGAGUUAAUACACAUGAGGCACUUACAACAGUGCCUGGCACAUGGUAAGCAUUUAAAUGCCAGGCACUGUGCCAUGGGGAUAGGGAGGGGAACCCAGCCAGACCCUGCCCUAGUGGAGUUGACAUAAUUUAAUAUAUAACCACAUUAGGGUAAAUGAUUUGAAGGAAAGGACAGUGUGUCCAGCCAGCGAGCAACAGGGGGCUACUGUGGCUGAGAUUCUCCAGGAUGUGGGAGGAGGGAAGCAGGUCUGUCCUGGAGUAAAGUGUGAGACCACUCUCUGCCCUGCCUGGCACUAGGCGCCUUUCAGGCACAUGGGCCUGUGUGUUUCGAGAGCCUAAGUGCCUGGCUGUGGGAGGGAGCAGGGAGAAGCAACAGCAGAAGGAGGAGGAGGAGGAGGAAGAAGAGGAUGCCAUUGAUACCAAGCCUCCAGGGCCAGCCCCUAUGGACUAGACAGCUCCCACCUACCCAUGGCAGUAGGCUUAGCCAUUUCUCCCUGACUGGGGCAACCACUUCUUGGCUCAAUCAAAAGCCCAGAGACCCAGAGUAGGAGGACUGGCCUGAAACUGGGCCAGAGAAGGCAAUGAAUGGGCCACUGUUGCUGUGUGACCUGAGGCCACCUGUCUGCUCUCUAGCCCAUUCUCUGGAGCCUGGGGAUCUUGCCUCCCAUGUUCUAGUUGUCCCUAUCUCAGUGAGGGCAUCAGCUGUCUUGAUCUUCAUCAAAGGCACACCUAACUGCUUCCCAAGGUAUCCCAAGGACCCCUGUGCUCUCAGUUCUGAGGACUAGAGUGGGGGCAGUGGGUCUCCCCAGGCACCAAUUGACCAGAGAGGUGAAGUGACUCCAUUGCACCACACAGUGCCUUGAAGUGGAACUGUUUCAAUGUCAGAUGCUCCUGCCUCCUGUGGGGUGGAGGGUGCAGCUUAGCCAGGAGUGGGUGGGCUGUAGGGUGAGAUAUGUUUGCCUUUCCAAGGAGUGUGUGCUUGCAAGGGGUGGAGGGUCAGGGUAAAUGAGCACCAGAAGCCAAACUUAUCCUCCUCUGCCCUCUUGCACCAUGGGACUUGGUGAAUCCCUUCUCCUCUCUGGGCCUCGGUUUCCCCUUCUGCAGCGGGAAGCUUCUGCCCAGCCACUCUUCCUCCAGUGGCGGCUUGCUGUGCUUGUCCCUGUCUUGGAUCCAGCUUAGCCCAGUGUCCAGUCUCAGCCCUGUCCCAGCCAGGAACAAUGGGCCAGUCGUGGCCAGUCAUCAGCCCCAAACUCAGUCCCCAGGGACUUACCCUGGACUAUUUUCAGCCCUUAGAGAUGGAGUCAGAAAAGGAUUUUCCACUUCCAACACAAUAGCUGCCCUAGACCAUUGUCCACCUGCCCCAGAAUAACUCCCCUGCCCCUGCCUUCUGGACCUCCCUGCCCUGCUCCUCACUUCCCCACCUCAAUUUGGCUUCUUGGGGCUAAGUCCUGAAGGAUCAGCACAUGAGUCCCCUGGGAGACAUGACCAGUCUAGUCAUCAGUUUUCCCUCCUGGCAGGCACCCCAGAGACUGGCCACUUAGAGGAACUGGAGGCCCAGAGAGGGCUGUGCCUUGCCCAAGGUCACACAGCAGUCACAUGGAGACUAUACGUGAGGCCCGGGCCCUUUGGCUGCCCCUCCUGCCUCUGCUGCCUUCAUUAGCUCCAGUCUGUGCCUCCUGGAAGUGAGAGGUCACCUUGGAAGGCCUGGGGUGGGCACCUUGGGAAGAAGCCUGAGUGACAUGGUGGGAGGGAGUGUUAGUGGGUUCUGACCUCAGAGCUCCCUGUUCAGUCCUCUUUUUACCAAAUGUGGCUUUAGUUUGCACUGAACUCAGUUACCAAGUAGCAGCUCUAGGGAAAGAAGGAGGUUUGGGGACACAGGGAAGCUAAGGCAGGAGGAGCAGGGUUCUGACCCAGUUUGGUCAUCACCAGCUCUGUGAGCACAAACUCAUUUUCUUCAUCUGUAAAAUGGACCUGAUGAUUCCUCUUCUCCCACUGAAGAGAGUGCAGUAAGGCACCAACACACGCCUAUUUUCUCCCCCUUCCAUUGAUGCUUCCUACUCCAUGUCCAGUUUCCCUUCCCACCCAUAAGAACUGCCUAUUUCACAAACUCCAAACCCAUGAGUCACUUUUUAGUAACAAAGUUUUAUUCCAGAUUAAAGUUCCAUCCCCUUCUUACUGCUCCCUCCUCCUCCUCUUUAGCCCUGGGGGGUCGCCUCACGCCUCCUUUGGGUCCCUCUUUUCCAGCUUCUCCAGCUCCAGCUCUGGCUCCAGCUCCGGCUCCGGGCAUGGUGAGUGGGAAGCCACCAGUGCAUCUUCCCCAGCGCUGCCACAACACCCCUUCUGUCCUUACUUCUUGGCCAUGACAACAUGCCCAUCCAUGCCCCUCUGUGUGGAGCCCUCCAAAUCCCAGCCCCUGCCUUCCUAAGAGUCUCUUCUGGAAAUGAUCCCAAAGUUACCCACUUUGAGUCCCCCAUCUUUCCUGCUGAGACUCUAACUGCUAUACCCCCAUCUCCCUGAGCGAUUUUCCUAGAGCACCCCUCACCUGGCUUGGGGGUAGGAAAGCUCUUGUCCUCCUUUUCCCCCUUUCCACUAGGUUGAGAACUCACAACCGCUGAGAUGUUUUCAAAUCUACAGAGCCUAGCAGCUCGGAGUCAGAGUGGAGGCUGGGAGAGGGCUGAGAGUAAUUAAACUCUGAGGUGUCUGACCCCAGUUGUUUUCAGACUUCUUUAGAAAGUGGGGCUAUUUUAUCCUGUGUAUCCUUAGGUUUAUAUCCUGGAGCCAAAUUCCAAAUCAGCAGCAACAUGGAAAGUCCCACCUCACUGGGGGAUUAAACUAUCAGACCAGCCUUUGUGACCAAAGCAAUUGCAAAAUGUGGGGAAGGAAAUCGAAAGUCUGCUGCAUGGGUUCCACACAGCCUGCACAGACGUGCGUGUGAGUGUGUUUCUGUCUGUGUUGAGUGUUCAGUUGUCACAACCGUGUUCAAGGGAGAAUGCUGAGCGGGGAGGGGCAGCCCCCUCAGGACCAAGUAGAUGACCUGGAGGCAGAAGAGCCACAGGUGGAUGGCCAGUCCGUGGGACAGAGAGGGACAAGAAGGCCCCGCCAGGAAGAUGAAAGGAGGCAGAUUUGAGGAUGGCAGGAAGAGAUGGGGAAUGGGGACCCCCUUUCCUUCCCUCCGUCCCUCAUUCUUCCUCCCCUUUCCUCAGCAUUCCUUCCUCCUCACCCCCCGUUUUCCUCCCCUUUUUGCUUCCUGUUCCCAGAACUGGAAGCAAAGGGAAGUAAACAGGGCAGUCCGGAGCUUCAGACCCGUUCGUUCUUGAGCACUGACUGGCUCAGCUCUCUUCCUGGCUGAACUUAGUCUACCGUGGGUCCCAGGUUGGUGGACGCUGCCCUGCUGCCCCCUGGUGGCGAGAGCUGGCUGCAGCAGCAGGAGUGGGGUCCCGACCUCUGCCUGGGAGUGAUGAGAAGAAAAUGAUCCUGCUGGCAGCCAAGUUGUUGGGGCUGUGAGAUGGGGGUUGGACUGAGAAUUGGAACAGGGAACACAAUUUGCAAAACAUAUCCUGACUUGCAAAAAAGGUAACAGUGCCAGGCCACGCCAGGAUGUUUCCACCUCAGACUAUCUAAACUCACACUUGUAAACACCCAUGUGUUUAGACCUGCAUUUUCCAAAAGACCAAAUACAGAUCUAAUAGUAAAGCUCCACAAGGACUCCUGUGUUCCAAACAUAGGAUCACCAACGGUUCCAGCAACUCCCCACUUUGAAAAUUCUGACCAAUCUCUACCAAAGACCAUCCUUUGUCUAUCCCAGACCCCCACAACCCUAUAAGCACCCUUCCCUAGCUCACACCUUUGGAGAAGCCCAUGGAUCCCCCACAUGAAGUCUGUGCAGAAGUAGGAAGCCUGACCUUGUUGCCUAUGGAUGCAUUCCUACGGGUGUAGCCUGACCAGCAGUGACAAGCAGUGGCCGCCUCUUCCUGGGUGGGAGAGUGAGAGCAGGUGAUCUUCAGCUCUCCUUGCAGUCUGCCUACCCGCAUAGGCUCUCAGCAGCUGUAUAGCCCCUAGCUGGCCCAUCACGGUACCUUCUGGCUUCAGGACAAACUCCGAACUGAGGGGGAUUUUAUUCCUUUGGAGAAGCACACAAUGGCCAGCUGCUGACUCUGUAAAGGUAAGACUGAGGGGCAGACAUAGCUGCUCCCUCCUCAGGGAGCUGUGCCUCCAAGGCCUGGUCUCCGCAGCUUGGGGUUUCAAGGACACUGACUUGGUCUUCUCUGGUUCUGCUGCGGCAGGGGGAGAAGGGCUGAGGACAGCCCCAUGAUGUCCUCUGACCUUUCUUAUCCCUCCGAACUCCUGCUUACCUCCAAGGAGACCCCAGAGAGGGUCCUCCGCACACACCACCACUUCACUGGAUGCCAGGAAGACACCCAAGCCCUUGGUCUGAAGAUAAAGCUGAGUGUAAGGGGGAGAAGUCAUCCCAAAGGACUUGUAGAUCUGGGGCUGGGCUCUAGACCCUAAGGGCCAACCCCUCCCUCCAGUCUGGGAUCUCUUCUGAAAAGAAGCCAGAAUCUUCUUCCCUCUCUGAGGGUGGGGCCUCUGAAAAGGUCUAUCCCCCCAAUACAAGAGUCCCCUCUGUGCCUCCCUAACACGCUUUUCCCCACUCCCCAGGAUGAAGAGAUCACUUCCUGCUAGGCAGCCCCCUCCCGUGUGGGAGAGCCCUGUCUCUCCAGCUCAUCCUUAGGGGCACACAGCCUAUCUGUCCUCAGCCCAGGGCCGGUGGCUGGGGAGGACAAGGCCGGAACAGAGGCCAGAGGUCAAGGAAUCUGGUAGGAGAGUGAGUGAGGUGGAAAGCCAUGGAAAAGAUACAAUUUGACUUAAGAAGGAUCAACCUGGCUGCUGUGUUGUAAAUAAACCAUAGUAGGGCGAGGAUAGGAGCAGUGAGAGCCAGAAGGAUCUAACGCAGGAACCCAGGCGAGAGAACAGGGAUUAGGAUCAGAUAGUAGCAGUGGAGGCAGUGAGAAAUGGAUCAAUGCCAGGUGUAUUCUCCAGCAUUCCUGAUAGUUUUUUCCUACAAGGUUUGGCAGGCAGUGAAACAAAUCCAGAGGUCUAGUGAGGUGCCACCCAACCAGUCAGUGGGCAGGAUAACAGAGUGGAGGAUGGGGCUAGGGGUGGUGCAAAGUUCCCCAGAUCUAGGGCAGUGUUUGGGAGAGGAAAAGGCAGAGUGGGAAGAAGGAUUCUGCUGCAGCCAGUCGCAAACCAGCCCAGGGCAGCUGGGCAUUGAUUUGAUCAAUGGCUUUUCCCUCUUCCCCUAAAUUCCCCUAUGAUGGCCUUUUAAUUGGGUCCAUUUGUUCCAAGAACAUGGGCUGAGCAGACGCCACAGUUUUUGCCUAUUAUUAAAUAGAAAUAGAUUAGGAAAUGGCCUUCUGUCUUGGGCUGCCGAGAAGUCUGAGCAGCUGCACAGUGUCUCUGAGGUAAUGGCAGCCUGGGUGCGCUGCCGAGCCCAUGCCAGGCAUUUGGCCUUUCUGGCCUUUGCCGUACUGCCCCUCUGCGGGCUCCUUGCCCCUGCUUGGCUCACCUGCUAAUGUCUCUCCUCCAAGGCUCACUUCAAAAUUCCCCUCCCCAGUGAAGACUCGCUGAUUACCAUUCCUGCCCUCAGCUCAGCACAUCUCCCUGGGCAGGACCCCUCGCUGCAGAGCCUGCCUCCAGCAGUUCCAGGUGGGGGGUCACCAGGAUGGAGGGACACCCAAAGAGCAUUUAAAUCACAAGCCCACCUAAGUGAAAAGGACUUUCAUUUCCCCUGGUUCCUCCUCACAGAGGAGCUGGGCUCAGAAGGGGAGAAGGAGAGGUGUUAAAUUUAUGUAAUGGAUAUGAGAUGGAAAUGUAAAUUUGACUGGAGAAAAAGAAAACUUUCAUGGCAGUAACAAAAUCUGAUGGUAAAAAACCGGUAACUUUGAUUUUAGACAUUAUCAGCUGAUUUCCUCUGUGAAUGAUGAGGGUUUAGUCCUCUUCCCUCAUCCUCCCAUUGCAAUUUUUGAGUAAAUUGAUAUUCAGUGUUUGCAUUUUUAUGAC